AUGUCAGGUCAAACUUAUUUCAUUACUGGUGGUAAUAAAGGUAUUGGUUUCGAAUUAGUUACUCAAUUAUCCAAAGCAAGUGAUAAGAAUGUCAUUAUCACCACUACUAGAUCUCCAGAAAGAGCCAAGAAGUUAUAUGAAUUAGCUACGAAGUUCACUAACAUUCAUGUUAUUGAUUUAGAUGUUGGAGAUGCUAAAUCAAUCGAUACUAUUGAAGCUCAAUUAGACAAGAUUGGAGUUAAAGGAAUUGAUGUCUUUAUCUCCAAUGCUGGUAUUUUUGCAUCAUUAGACCCAAUUUUAAAGACCGAUGCUGAUGUAUUUUUGAGACAUUAUACCGUCAAUACUUUAGGAUCAAUUUUAGUCUUUCAAAAGGUAUAUAAAUACUUAUUAGCCAAGGAAACUAGAAAAGUUAUUUUUAUCAGUUCAGUUGCUGGUUCAUUUUCUAAUACUUUACCAUUAGAUACUACUGCUUAUGGUCAAUCUAAAGUGGCUUUGAAUUAUUCUGCUGUUCAAUUAUCAAAAGAAUUAGUUUCUGAAAAUUUCAUCGUUAUACCACUUCAUCCUGGUGCAGUUUACACUGAGUCUGCUCAAGUAUCUCUUGCACCUCUUGUUGCCGCUAGGCCAGAAUUGUUUGCUAAUAUCAAAGAUCUUAUGCUUACUCCUGAAGAAAGUGUAAAAGGUGUCAUUUCUGUCAUUGACGGACUUGAACCAAAGGAUUCUGGUAUCUUCUACGACUACAAAGGUGAAGCUUUACCUUUCUAA